AUGUACGAGCCAGUCGACCGCAUGUACAAGAAGAUUUUAGAUUUGGCAAAUGUCGGUCGAGGCGGUGGCGCGAAAAAGAAUUUCACGCGUCCGUUAACCGUCGUCGAAGACUUAUUACCUGGGCGGGGUCCAGUCCAGGUUAUGUGCGAUAGCGGGGGUGGGAGACGGUGGUGUAUAGUUUUCGUGCCAGAUUUCAAAACUGAUAAACCCGAUUGUUUACGACACGAAUCGGCUACCGAAAUGACCGGAGUGGAAUGA